AUGGACAUUUCGUAUUUAUGCUUUAGCAAUGUUUGCACGUAUAUCACGGCAUCGGAACGUGCUUCACAGGAUGUGAUAGAAGUACAGGGCUUGGUAUCACAGUUUUUACGGGCCAACCGUCAACUCAUAAUUGAACCUGGUGUUUUCAAUGAGUUGGGACCGGAACUUGCGGGAAAAAGCUCUCCGCUCAAGAUCGGAGGGAUCAGCUAUGAAAUCGUUGGGGAAGAUUGGAAGGAUGCCAUAAGACUAUCCAAAUUCUUCAAUAUAAGCUACCAGCAGUGUUUGCGAGUGGUGGCUCAAACUCACUCCCGAAAUAAUAUGGGCAACAACCGAAUGAUAAUCUACGCUAAGCGCAUUUUACAAGAGCGCAAUGGGGUAGUAGAAACGCUGCUAGCCAUCUUAAACGCAGAAGAUGAGACAGUAGAUGUAAGGAAAGAAUUCAUUAGCGCGAUUGCCGCUGAAAAGACAACAUUUUGCCUGCAUUUGAUGCAAAAUUUAUCAAAACUAGCCAAAAACUUUACGAAACUAGAUCAAACAGACCGUCUCUGGUCCGAGGAAAUACAGGAUAUCAAAAACUGUUAUGAUAUUGCAUAUGCCGGAAGCAUUUUAAAACUUUUGUCCUUACUAAUAAUGAAUACCGAGACACCGGUAGGUGUUAUAACUGAGUGGUUCUUACUACUGCAGGAUACUAAUCACCUAACAUGCUUCAAAACUAAAAAUUUUCCAUCCGAGAAUUUCGAUCAAAUAGAGGCUUUUACCUCCAUUACCACCGUUCUGAUGCUUGGUUUGAACGCUUCUUCUUUUUCAAUCAAUACAGAUGCCCCGUUUUUCCAAGAUGUUGGCUGCUUCAAACUCAUCAAUGAUAUACUGUUAGAUCAUUCACAAAAUGGUCUGAUAGUAUACUACUGGUCAUUUGUCACUUCAUUGAAGGCUUACUUAUUCGAGGAAUUUCCUGAACAGAACUCUUCGUUUGUCGAAAAAGUAUACGGUGAGACUCCGAUCAAUCAGAUGAUUUCUAUUUACGUACAGAGGGCCGAACAGAUAGGCGUUCUUGAAUCAUUUGUGAAAUAUUCGCAUUGUCUCAAUUUUGACGAACUAUGGAUUACUGUUUUAGCUUCUCUUCUUGGAGUUGCAUUGCAUUUCGUAACCAUGACCAAAGCUACAGCUAAGACUGUAAGGGAUAUUUUGACAAGAGUUCCGCAGUCUUUCGUGGAAAAGUUCUUGACAAACGAUGAAGUUGAGAAAAAGCUGAGUUUAAUCCGCAACAAAAUACCCCUUGUCAAAGAAGGCCUUCUUCCUUUGAUUUAUCUAACCACUGCACAUCCCGAAUUUGCUAACUUUGAGUGGAAGAACAUGAACACUUACACGGUUAAGCUUCCACUUUCCAGCUUCUCAUAUGACCUUGCCGACAGCGAUGGCCCUUUCACCGAAAGUAGUGACCUCAUUGUACUUAAGCAGGAACUUCUUGUUUGCCCGCCAUUCGAAUACCGGCCAAAUGUUCUCAUGCCCAUACCAGAAGGUACAAGGGGUAAGGUCAUACCUACUUCCUCCUCUACGGAGGAUGCAGUCAUAUUCAUGCAUUCCUACAAUGGUUGGUCCAUGCUAGGUCGAAUUAUACAAAACAUCUGUGAAACUUAUACACAAUUCGAAGAAGAUCAAGUAAAGAUUGAAAAGACGGAAGUCGCCAUCGCUAUAAUUGAUCUUAUUGCCAGCGCGGUAGGUGUUGACGUUCCCCUGGAGAGGUCUACAGAAAUAUUACAGCACCUCUCUGGCUAUGUGGAAAAUGGUGACAUUGUGUCAACACUUUUCAAGUUAUUUGAAUUGGCCCUACAUUCAAAAGAUUUUAAAGUUAUCAACGCUGGUCUUGGGUUAAUGAUCGAGCUAACUCCAAACUUUCCCCACUUUGUCUGGUCUCAUUUGGCGCGUUCAAGUCUGAUUGACAGGAAUGGGAAGGAAAGCUUAGCUGUAUCAGUCUUAGACAGUAUGGGGCGUGCUUCAGCCGAUUUUGAAUCGACUCUCUUGCUGAUAAAAUUAACGAACUGCUUGAUUUCAGAAUCACUGAGUAUUGAGGAGACAUUUCCCGAAAGAAUGAAAAAAGAAAUCUUUGGCAAACUAAUGACGCAUAUGGUUCGAAUUUACGAAGGAUUUCAAUUUCAGAGCUAUUCUUAUCAACGGCAGCGUUUAGAGAUUGGACAGCUAUUAACCUCGUUAUUUACUAAGGUUCUUUACGCGGUUUAUGGGGUUGAUCCAUCUUCUCCUCCGGAAAGGAAAGUAACUAAAGUCUUAGCUGAAUCUGCGCAAGUUAUUAUCGACGCUUUCUUGAACUCAUCGCGGCUAGACAGCAGGACCGUCAAUUCCUUGAUUACGAUUUUGAUUUCUAUUAACACUGAUGGUGCACUAGCCCGUAACAGUUUACCAUUUGCCUCCUUGUACUCUCAGUUGAUUGAGCAAAGCUUCGAUCUUGCCAACCUUCUUAUAUCGGUGAGGUCACUUCUAAAAAAUCCUCCUUCAGCAUUAGAGAGAUGCAUUUACUCAUCAUCCGCUAAUUUGGUUAACAUCUACGCUUGUUAUUGGGACCAAUGUGUUCAUGUCACGAGACUUCUCACGCAUCUAGUGCGGGCCCCAUGGAAGAUGGAGCCACCCUCAUUGCUUUCCUACUUGGGACAAGACAACUCGAGAUUGCUGCUUAACUGCGUGGCCUACGACCUGAAAGGGCCUUUAAUAAACUCAAAUUUGGCUAAGAGCCUGUACAGCUUCUUUUCAUCCAUAAUGGAGGGCAAGCAGGAUGGUCUAGCUAUUUUAUUCCUCACCGGCAAAUUAGUAUGUACAACGGAGAAGGCCAAAAAUGCCGAAGGUGAGGUUCUACCAUCUAACUCGCUGCUAAGGAUUUUGAAAGAUAAUUCUUUGAAAUUAGACAAGCUGUCAGAGGCUGUCAGUUCUCAAUUGCUCGACGCUAUAGCGUAUGCCUUCAAUACCUGGACCGCUGCUACAGGCUACGAAAACGAUUCCAAACUCAUUACUAUUCUUGUUAAGAGGUUAGAAUCAUUUGGGACUUUGAGUUUGAACGAUGAUAAAGAAACAGAUAAGUCAAAGGAAAACGUUGUACAACUGUCCAACCAGUAUAGGGUGCUUUCUAGAGUUGCUGAAAUUCUCGCCUUGGCUCUAUUUACAUCAACUGCCGAUAACGAACUUCUCAUGACAGUCUUGAACAAGCCUAAUCUUGCGGUUAUGGUGAAGAAAAUAUUUCAUAUCGAUGGAUAUGAUAAACAGCUGCAGCGCUCUCUGCAAGUAAAAUUCAAAGCAUACUGGCCAGAGUUGGACUUAUCAAUGUUCACAUCCUCACUCCUGCUACGUUCGAGCAGAUCAUUUCAAUCUAGUUUUUUUGACAUACCUCUUAUGGAUCAAUUUUUCGGAUCAGAUGAGAGGUGGGUCGGGUCGCAUAAUACACCAGGUUUCAGAAACGAGGUUAUGUCAGCUUCAAGCUCCCUACAUUUCAUAACGUAUCAAAUAUCCGCCUGUAAAUCAUGGGGGGCUUUACUCACAUCAUUUAUUCGGAGAACACCUACACCAUUGAAUGACACCUACUUGGAAAUUGCACAUGAAUUACUGGAGCCUGAUUCCUUAAUUGGUAUUGAUGCGUCUAUUUUCCGGGAUGUUUAUUUGACCAAGAUUGAACUAGCUUUUUACAUUCUCUAUUCAUGCCUCCAAACAAACAGAAAGAUCCCAGAUGAUAAAUUGAAGGGCCUGUUAUUCUGUGCGGCUGGUAUGAUGAAGUCAAAAGAGGUCAAUUACUUGAAUAGCGUUGCACAGCCUUUCAAAUAUUCUUACUACAGGCCGUUGAUUCGGAUAGUAAUAAUUAUUUGCUCUCUGGUGAAAGAUGGGAAGUUAUUCGCCGAGUCGGUGUCAAAUUGCUUACUUGAAUUUUUUGAGUUAACUUUUGGCCACGGUGUAAAUUUGAUAAUGUCAAAUAUACUCUCUGAAAUCAACCAGUCAGUGUCACACGGGAAGAAGCCUGUCAUUCCAAAUUUAGCGGAUAAGAUACAAGAUCUUCUAUUGCUUCUUUCGCUGUUCACUAAAGUCAAGAAUCUUCAUCCGCCAAGUGACUUUGAGCUAAUACUGGCUUCGUCCAUCAACGAAGUGGGUACAAUCAAAGCCAUCCUCAAUGUCUACUCAAGUUCACAUCUUCUAAAUAUUGAAGAAGAACCAGUUCUUUGCGAUUUAUCACUGACCUUUUUGACCGAACUUUGCUCUGUAGGGUCCGUGGCCGAAAGACUGCUUGGCAACGACCUGUUCUCUGUUAUCUUGGAGAGCCCCAUUUCUGUGGCCAUUCAGCAAGGAAAGGUGACAGCUGAUAUACAGCCCAAAUUACACGCUCUAUGGUCCGACGGCCUUUUGACAAUCAUGCUACAGCUACUUAGUAGAUUUGGAAAGAAAGUAUUGCCCGAAUGCUGCCUAUUCCUUUCCUACUUUUACACCCAGGUCAGUUACUCAAUUUCACAGUGGUCCGAUUCUUCUCUGUCAGUCUCUAAAGCGGCAGUUAAGGAGACUUCACAAUUGAUAACUAUGCAGGGAAUCUUGAAUACUCUGGACUAUCAAAAUUACUUGACAGACUCAAAUAUACGAACCAAAGCUGUUAGUGGUGAGGUUGUGUACGAAUUAUUCCCAGGGCUAGACACCGACACCGAAAGAAAAGAACUAAGUUAUUCUUUCAAACAUCUUUUGACCCACCCCAAGUAUUUGAAUUCAAGAAUAGUGGCGACAACCCUCGAGGAGCAGCGUAUCUUAGAAGAUGAUGAUGCUAGAGCAAAUUAUGUGAAAGCCAUCACAAUCAGCCUCAAAAAUUUGAAUCAAAGCCUUUCGUCACCUUUGCAUGAAACUAUUUUAUAG